AUGGGCCAUCCCAUCUGCCCCCCGAACCCCCCCCAAGACCCAGCGAAAAUCCGCCUUAAGUUUAGUUUAGGCCCAGACAAGACACAAGACACACCAAAAGAAUCUCGCUCUCUCUUCCUCCUCCUCCUCCUGCUCUCUGCAUCUACUGUUCUACUGUUCUUCUCUUCUCCUGCUUUGCUACACCUCUACCUCCUCCUCUCCCCUGCGUGCUUGCUCUGCCUGUCUGCGUCUCCUGCCCACGGAAAUCCCAUGGCGGCUGCUGCUGCCCAGCACCGCGGACGAGAUCGAGAUACCAGCACCACCACCACCACCACAACCACAACCACAACCACGGCUCCUCCUGCUACUUCUUCUACUUCUACUACUUAUUCUUCUUCUUCUUCUUCUGCUGCUGCUGCUGCGAACACUACAGCCAUGGCCGCAGCUGCAGCGGACAGGUCCAAGGACAGGGACAGAGGAGACGUGGGCGAGGCCGUUUCUUCAGAGACCGCGUCCAGUGCCACCACACCUGCUCCCGCUCCCGCUCCCUACAGCACUCGCUCGCGAAACAGGCCCCGUAUCAACUAUGCCGAAGACACAGAGCUGGAUGCUGAGCUCGAGCGGCCGCUGGCCCCGGUCUCUGCUUCUGCGGCGGCCGGCGCUGGUGCUGGUGCUACUUCCAACUCCACGGCCAAAGGCACCCCGGGCCGCAAGCCAAAGGACAGGGACGCCGCGGCCCAGACGACUUCUUCCUCUUCCAGCAACACACGUAUCGCCUCGCCAGCCUCCAACAGCGAGAGACCGCCCGGCAUGAGCACGCGCAGAGCUGCCGCCGCCGCAGCUAGCAAUGGGACUGCCGCAGCCAGAGACAAAAACUCCGAUAGCCAUGGCCAUGCGGCCUCCGCCAGCACGGCCAGCACCACUACCACCACCACUACCACCGCCUCUACUUCGGCCAUUCCUGGCACAUCGACUUUCUCCGCAAACCCAAACACCGUUGUCGUCUCGUCGAAGAAGCGGAAGCAGCCCGGAUCCAGCACCACUGUGCAGAAUGUCGUCCCGGCCAAUGGGGGUGGACACCCCAACAAGCGCUUCAUUGCCGCUGGUUCGCGCAAUUCAGAAGAGGCCGUCACCACUUCUAUGAUGACCUUUCGCUCCUCUCGAGCCAUGCUCAGAAACGGCAAGCUAAAGGCAGACGAUGGCACCCUCCUCGCCCCAAAUGGUAACGUCUAUUACGCUUUUUUUUUUUUUUUUUUUUUUUUUUUUUUUUUUUUUUUUUUUUUUUUUUCCCGCAUUUAUAUAUAUAUAUAUAUAUUAUCUUUUCAUGCAUGUACUAACACAGACAUAGACCACGUAUAUUUGAUAUGUGAGCCCCCAGGAGAGCCGUACUACCUCGCGCGGAUCAUGGAGUUUCUCCCGUCAAAGGACAACCCAUCAGGCCCCAUUGAGAGUGUCCGCGUAAACUGGUACUACCGGCCGCGUGACAUCCAGCGCAAGACCAACGACCUCCGAGUCGUCUUUGCCUCCAUGCACUCAGACGCCUGUCCACUCACGUCGCUACGCGGCAAAUGUACCAUCAAGCACCGCACCGAAAUCGCAAACUGGGACCAGUACAUGAAGGCAAAGGACUGCUUCUGGUUCGAGCGCAUGUACGACCGCUACAUCCACCGGUACUAUGAUGUUAUUCCCACCAGCCAUGUCAUCAACGUGCCCCAGCAUGUCAAGCAGGUUCUCGACGAGCGAUGGAAGUACGUCUUGGUCGAGAUUGGCCGCAGAAAGGAGCUUACCAGUGCCGUCAAGACAUGCAAAAAGUGCCAACAAUACGCUGCAAACAGAGCCCAGGAAAAGAAGCUCGAGGCUAGGAACACGCCCAUGGUGGGCGAGUCGCGCACAAACAACGACACAGAGCCCGAGUUAGUCGAAGAGGAAGAAGAGGAGCAGCCUUCUGCCGAUGCAGACACAGCAGCUGCGACCCAGCGGAGUAGCCCGGCAAAUGAGCAGCAACAGCAGCAGCAACAACAACAACAACAACAACAUGCGCUCAAACCGGCGACAGCAGAGCAGAUCUCCCAGGCCAAACUAUGGCAGUUUCGCUAUCUGGGCAUCCAUUGCCGCGUGGAGGAUGCGCUUGACUACGACGAUCGCAUUUACCCGCGUGCCAGUUCCCGGUUGGGCAGCCGACAUCAGGCCAACGUCGUGCCUUGGUAUGGCCACCCGGUCGAGUACUUCAAACCCGCGGAGACAAAGAGAAAGUACGUCCGGUCGGGGCCCAAGAAGGAGGUCAAGUUGUCCAAGGAAGCCCUGGCCGCACAGGAGGCAGAUCGUGCCGAGCGGGCGUCGCGCCCAAAGUGGGUACAGGAGGUGCCCCCUGGUUAUAUCGCCCGUGGCGAGGACGAGCCCAUCACCGUGGACGGGAAGAAGUUUCAUACAGCCGAACUCCAGUUUAAGAUGCCAGAUCCUUCACAGCUGUCAUCCGCCAGGGGAGAAGAUGAUGCGCCAGGCUCACAUCUCUCCGUCGAAGAGAGGGAAAAAUUCAUCGACGAAUAUAUGGACAAGGCCAAGGAAGUGGCCACUUCUAAAGGGAUCCCGGACUACUCCACAAACUACCUCGACAAAGCCCUGGCACUGCUGUACGAAGAGAACUUUAAUGUCGAGCCUGCUCUUGCCCGGCUCAAGGCACUGCAUAGAUACAACGACCUGAAGGAGCCAUACCUCAAACCCGAAGAGGUAAAGCUGUUCGAGGCUGGAGUAGCCAAGUACGGCUCUGAGCUGCGGAGUAUCACCAAACAUGUCGGCACCGUCAAGCACCGUCACAUCGUGCGGUUCUACUACAUGUGGAAGAAGACCCCCAAGGGACGCCAGAUCUGGGGCAACUACGAGGACAGAAAGGGUAAGAAACUGGCCAAGAAGGCUGACAGUGCUGCAAAGCUGCUAGACGAUGUUGCCGACGACUAUGACGACUCUGCAUUCGACAAUGACAAGGCCAUGGAGAAACGCAGGGGAUUCACUUGUAAAUUCUGCAAUACCCGCUCUUCUAAGCGCUGGAGACGAGCUCCCGCCGUCCCACCUGGCUUUACCGUGCCGGCCGAACAGUCCGGGAAGCGCGAAAAGGGCAACCGGCUGACCGUCUCCCUCUGUCAGCGUUGCGCCGUUCUUUGGCGAAAGUAUGGAAUUCAUUGGGAAGACCCUGAUGAGAUCGCGAAGCGCAUCUCGCAGGGUGGGAAUAAGUCGUGGCGUCGAAAGUAUGAUGAGGGAUUAUUGUCUCAGCUCCUUACCACCUCCGAGUCGGAUGUGAGGAUCAACCAAACCACCGCCACUAUAGCAGCUUCGAUCGGAGUACACGUUACUACAGAAGUGGUCAAGGAAGCCGCAAGCAAUCCACCCGAACCCCAACAACAACAAAACCAACAUCAUCAACAUCAGCAGCCAGCCAAGAAGAAGACCAAGACAGCUGAUAAAGAUGCAAACGCUGCCAACGCCGUCAUGGCUGAUGCCCCUCCGCCUGCUCCUCCGCCGCCCCAACAGCAGCAGCAGCAGCAAACGUCAUCCAGGAAGAGGGCAGCUGAGAAGGCUGUGCAGGAAGCUCCUCCGCCACUGGCACCGGAACCGCCUCGACCCAAAGUCCUGCCCUGUGCUGUAUGCAAAAAGAUGGAUCCCAUGGGCGACCAGCACCUAUCCUGCCGAGACUGCCGCCUCACAGUCCACAGGGACUGCUAUGGAAUCGAUGCUUCCCGCCCUGCAACAAAAUGGAUAUGCGACAUGUGCGCCAAUGACCGGAACCCGACUGUUUCCACAUCAUACGAAUGCGUUCUCUGUCCCGUCACCGAGACGGAGCACGAACUCAUGGAACCGCCCAAAACAACUCACAAGAAAAAAUCCGAACGAGAACGUGAAAAGGAGCGCCUGGAGCGCGAGAUGGUCAACGAAGCGAUCAAGCUCUAUCGCCAACGUCAAGAAGCAGCAGGCAAACCAGUGGGACCCCGAGAACCUCUCAAGCGUACCGCAGGUAACAAUUGGGUACAUGUCAUCUGCGCCAUAUGGUUUCCCGAAAUCAAAUUCGGCAGUGCCAAAGACCUUGAGCCCGCUGAGGGUAUUGAGUCGAUACCGCAGGAAAGCUUCAAGGACCGAUGCAAGAUAUGCAAAACGGAAAAUGGCGCUUGUGUCUCGUGUCGGGCUUCAACGUGUAAUGCGCGGUUUCAUGUUGGAUGUGCCCAUCAGGCAGGAUAUAACAUGGGAUUCGACAUCACGCCGGUGAAGAGUAGUAGGAAAGACGUUGUUUCAACUGCGACCAUGGGCGAGGAAACGGGUGUUGUUGCACCAGCGAUAUGGUGUCCGCACCAUAAUGUGCAGACCAUAGUCCAUGAGAUGGGUGAAUCGAAGGGUUCGACGGAAGGGAAUGCCCUGCAAAUAUAUGCUAGGACGUUCAAGCAGGCUGAUCUUACGCUUACGGGGACAGCGAGGAAGGCGGCAUAUGUCCAACACUCCUCGCCAUCCGGCGCUGGUAAGCGUGCGACUGCGGCUGCGAUGACGAACGGUGUGGGACCAAGUACAGCGACGACGGCGAGUCCAGGACAGGGGCAACACCAGCAUGAUGAAGUUAAUGGUACAGGGGACGUCGAGCAGGGCAGUACCGGGCAGGGGAAGGACGACAUUCCGAAGAAAUGCUUCAGAUGCCAGUCUGUUGCUAGCCCGAAGUGGUGGCGCCGCGCGCAACCGCAUCAACCACCGCAUCAACAGCAGCCCGUCAACGGUCUAGGACCACUGGAUCUGAUCAGAUGGCCUACCUCGAUGCACCACACCAAUGAUACAAAUGGCGAUAUACCCGAGCGCAACGUGUACGAGUGUCAUAAAUGCCAUCUCAAGAAACACCACACUCCGCCUACCCUCACGCCUGUGCUUGCACCGCUGCCACCAGUCUCUUAUGGCCCGCCUGACCGUGAUCGUGAAAUGGGUCAACCUCGUCUCCCUGAGUUUCAUAGGAAUGGCUAUGCGUCUUCUCCUCACGCUCAGCCUGUUCAAGCGCAUGGCCCUAGCCAUGUCCCCCCUCUUGCGCCCCUGACGCACCCCCAUGGAGCUCCUGAAUGGCGACCUGGACCUGGACCUGCUCCUGCUCCAGGGCCGGAAUAUGAACAGCGACCACCAGCCGAAUAUUUACAUCGUAAAGGAAUAUCUCCUGCUCCUAAUGGUGUGCAGCUUGGUCCUCCUCCACCCCCACCACCUCCAUUCCAUCAGGGCCCUCCUCCCCCGCCACAUGCUCAGGGUAGAAUGAACGGGUAUCCUCCCCCUCCGCCCCCAGCCUUACCACAUCCUCAUCCACAUCACCAACAACAUCCGCAUCCGCACCCGCACCCGCAUCAUCAGCAUCAACACCAUCAGCAUCCGCACCAUCAACACGCACAUCAUCCACCGCCCUUCGCGAAUGGUGGUCCUCCGCCUCCUCCACCAUCCCUUCCACCGCCACACCAAUACCCCUAUGGACCAAUUGCGCCCCACCCAUCCGGCGCAAACACACCAUACCCUGGCCCGGGUCCAGGCCCAUCUACACCUGGCACAGGCCCAGGCCCCGCUCCUGGCCCUGGCCCCAUGCACUUCUCCCCGCCACCACCUCCUUCACGCACACCACUUCCGGGCUCUCAUCCACCCCGAAUGUUCCCCAUCGACAGGCCUGUUCAACCAAAACCAAAUCUCUCUUCUCCCUCGGCCGCACGAAGAAGUUUGGACCCCCACCAGCCGCAACCACCUCAGUCUCAGAGUCAAGCUGACCCCUCGCCCACGGCAGGCCCGGCUGCUACUCCAGCACGACCACGAUCAGAGAGUAUGGGUCGUCAAGGUUCCAUGGGCAGUAUGCAACCGCAAUCAGCGCCGACAUCUGGUUCAGCAGCGAGUGCGAGUCCAUCAUUGAAAAACUUACUUCUUUAA